AUGAAUAAUCAACAAUUCCGAAAACUAGUUCUGGAUACGCCUGCAAGACAGGCCUCCACAGGAGAUAAGAAUUCAAGUAUUGGUGCAACUCCUAGACGAGAUGGCUCAAUACCUUCUGCACUUGGUUCUCGGAUGCGAAGUUCAAUACCUAUGACACCCCGCUCAGUAGGUGGCGUUGAUUUCGCACGUCAGGUGGCCGAACAACGAGCUCUAAACAAUCCCUCACAGCCCAAGAAAUUUCGUUCGGUCGCCGCACCUAAAGGUUCGAAACUUGCAGCUGGAUAUACCGAUCGCACAAAGCAGCGCAUCGAUGAGGAUGAAGAUGAUAAGGCCACUAGAGUCAAGGCAUUAGAGGAGAUGAUGAAGCUACAACAGAUUGACGAAGCUACAUUCAUAAAAUUGAGGGACGAGAUAUUGGGUGGUGAUGUUCAAAGCACGCAUUUAGUGAAAGGGUUGGAUUAUAAGUUGUUGGAGAGGGUAAGGAGAGGUGAGGACGUUUUAAGUGGAAAGAAUGACGACGAAGAUGAUGCUGCAGAAGGGGACUUAGAUGACGAGUUUGAGAAGUUAGAGGAUAAAGAUGUUGUUGCUGUCGAGAAGGAGAAGAGCAAAAAGAAAGGGGAGAUGGCACCACCUAGUUUGAUUCCAGGAAAGAAAAGAACUCGAGAUCAGAUUCUGGCAGAGAUGAAAGCAGCGAGGCAGGCGGCCAAGGAGGCGGCGCAACCAUCUUUAGGAGCGAGGUUCAAGAAAGUUGGAGCUCCAAAAUCUACGACUAGGAUGGAGAGGGAUGGAAAAGGAAGAGAGGUCCUAAUAAUCGUUGAUGAAAACGGCAAUGAGAAAAGGAAAGUCAGGAAAGUGCAGAUUGAACCGGAAGCAGGGAAAGGAAAUGGUCUGUUAAUGCCGGACAAGGAUGCGAAACCGUUAGGGAUGGAGGUUCCAGAAAUACCAAAAGAGCCGGAACCAGAGGAAGAAGACAUCAAUAUAUUUGACGAUGCAGGGGAUGAUUAUGAUCCAUUAGCUGGACUUGAAAAUUCAGAUUCAGAUUCAGACACGGAUGCCGAAGAUGGAGAAGUUACGGAAGAUAAUCAACGGAAGAAGACUAAGACUCAAGAUUCACACCAGGAAACAACUGCAUCUGGAAAUAUGGCACCUCCUCCACGAUCUGACAAACCUAGAAACUACUUUGGUGAAUCUGAGCCUGCAACGACAGAAAACGAGAACAAGCCAAAAGCAUUCAGUGACCCAACUAUCCUCGCUGCUCUUAAAAAAGCAUCUACCCUCAAUCCUAUAUCAAAAGCCCCAGAAACAGCGGAGGAAGCAGCAAAGGAAGCGCGGCGGAAAAAGAUGCUCCAACAGGAUGAUCGUGAUAUGGAGGAUAUGGAUAUGGGAUUUGGAAGUAGUCGAUUUGAAGACGAAGCUGAUUUUGAUGAGACGAAAGUCAAGCUUUCUGCGUGGGGUCAAGGAGAAUAUGAUGACGAUGGGAAAGGAGAAGGAAAAUUUAAGAGGAAGAGAGGUUCUAAAAAGAGAAAGGGUGAUGCAAAUAGUGCUGCCGAUGUUAUGAAGAUCGUAGAGAGUAGGAAGGCCGGGUCGUAA